ACUGCAAGCACGCAUACUCUGCAGCUCAUUGAACACAUGACAAGACUGUCACCAUUGGCAGCGCAGCCUAUGGACUGAGUUGCAAUCAAUGCAGCGUUUAUCGGCUGUCAACGCAGGUGCAGGUUUACAUUAGCGUUAUGUGGGCGCCUAACGAUAUAAAUACUACAUUCGAUUUUAAGAACGGUAUCAGUUCUUUAACGCACUCAAUCAAUACAGACCUUCAAAUAACAAACAAACAGCUUUAAAAAUGUUCAAGUUGGUGGUAUUGUCUGCUCUCCUGGCCGUAGCUGCUGCUCGCCCUAGUCUCAUCGAAUCCCACCCAGUGGUGCAAUUGGCACCUGCCGUCAGCGUGGCCGUGCAAGAGCCUGUGCUCACCAAAGUGGGCUCUGUGGUGAAGAGCAUCCCCACUGCUGUCUCCCACCAGAGCUCCACCAUUGUGCACAGCUCAGCGGUCGCUGUUCAGGAUAUUGUUGCACCUGCUGUGAGAACUAGCGUAGUGUCCGCUCCAGCAGUGGUACAAACUGUUGCUGCUGCUCCUUUGUUACAAUCAACAGCCGUGCAACAUGUUGUCGCAGCUCCAUUGUUGCAGCACGCUCCAGUUGCUCACUUGUCUGCACCUCUGACUAAUUUGCAUGCCGCAUCCCCUCUCAUUAAUGGCUUAUGGUAAACGAAUUGAGAUUACGACGAUUUAGUUGGACUGCCUGUUUCUUAGCAAAAUUAGCAUUUUUGAUUUCGCCUUAAUUUUUAUUUUCUUAUUAUUAGAAAUUUCUUUCAAAACACAUAUUUAUUAGCGAACUGUUUAAAUUAUAAACGAAUAAACAAAAUUGGAAUGUAUUAAAAUUUAUUUUAUUUCGUCAAUAUACCUAAUAUUUUUACUAGCUCCUCGAGAACUUAGCUAUCUGAAA